AUGGAGCUGAAUCUAGCUCGUCUUCAUUCCGUUCUACUUCAGACAAUUAUUGACAAAGGUCACACGUGUUCGAUUGAAGAUUUGAGCAAGAUAUUUCAGCGAUCAUCAGAUGAUAUCAUCGGUUGUCUAGAUGAUCUUGAAGAAUAUCAUGGUGUAGUACUACAUCCGAAAUCGUCGGAAGUCUGGAUUAUUCAUCCAUUUUCUUUGGUGCCGACUAAUUUUUGGGUGGAAAGUGUCCGAGGAAAAUGGUGGGGUAACUGUGCUUGGUGUAGUUUAGGAGUUGGUGCCCUGCUCAACGAAGACGUCACCAUUACGACGACACUAGGUGGUGAAGCGACUCAAAUUCAAAUUCAAAUAAAAAAUGGAGAAAUUGUAUCCACUCAACCACUUUUUGUACAUUUUCCAAUACCGAUGAAGAAUGCCUGGGACAACGUUGUCUUUACCUGCAGUGUCAUGCAACUCUUUACUUCAGAAGCUGCUAUUGCCGAUUGGUGUCAACGACAUCGUUUGCCUAAAGGUGAUAUUCAACCUAUUGAAAAGAUUUGGAAAUUUGCGCAAGUCUGGUAUGGAAAUCAUCUACGUGAAGAUUGGAAAAAAUGGACUGUUGAAGAAGCUCUUCAUAUUUUUAAACAAUUUGAUCUGACUAGUCAUAUCUGGCAAAUUCCAGUCGCCAACGUACGAUUUUAA